AUGUCAUACGAAAGUUUAAAGGAAUAUUUGACCGCUCAUGGUCAAGAACACCUUAUCAAAUACUGGCCGGAACUAAGUGAAAAUGAAAGAGAACAAUUGGCGGGAGAAAUCAAGAAAUUGGACAUGGCCGAAAUUAAUUCAUUAUUUCAAAGAGCCAUGGAGAGCACCAAAGUAAUAUUGGAGAAGACUGAUGACGAUUUAAAGCCAAUACCACAAUCGCACUACGAGUCUGUGCCCGGUUUAACCGAAGAUAAAAUCCGAGAAUACCAAAGUAUUGGAUUUAAAGAGAUCUCUGAAGGCAAAGUUGGUGUUUUAUUACUAGCUGGCGGUCAAGCAACAAGACUUGGAUUUGGUCAUCCCAAGGGAAUGUAUAAUGUUGGAAUACCAUCCAAGAAAACUUUGUUCCAAAUUCAAGCUGAAAGAAUACUUAGAGUACAGCAGAUGGCUGCUGAGAGUACAGGAAGAGAGGGUAAGAUUACCUGGUAUAUAAUGACAUCAGAACACACUAUGGGCCCGACAGCAGAAUACUUUAAGGACCACUCCUACUUCGGCUUGAAUGAGGAGGAUGUUAUGUUCUUUGAGCAGGGUACUCUUCCUUGUUUUGAUUUUGAUGGUAAAAUAUUUUUGGAUGAAAAAUACCAUCUUUCAUCGGCCCCUGAUGGGAAUGGAGGCUUAUAUCGUGCACUUAAGACUCAAGGGGUAUUAGAUGAUAUAAAAAGAAGAGGUGUUCAGCAUCUUCAUGCUCAUUCUGUUGACAAUAUCCUUAUAAAAGUUGCAGACCCAGUGUUCAUUGGUUAUUGCAAAAGCAAGAAUGCAGACUGUGCAGCCAAGGUGGUGCUUAAAUCCACACCAAGUGAGCCAGUUGGUGUUGUGUGCAGAGUGAAUGGACAUUACAAAGUUGUUGAAUAUUCAGAACUUACCGAUGAAGCAGCCGAGCGUAGAAAUCCAGAUGGGCGUUUAACAUUCUCAGCUGGAAACAUUUGCAAUCACUACUUCUCUUCAGACUUCCUAGCUAAGAUUUGUGAUUAUGAGUCUAAACUGAAACUGCAUGUUGCAAAGAAAAAGAUACCCUACGUUGACAACACUGGUGUCCGACAGAAACCAAAUGAACCAAACGGAAUUAAAAUGGAAAAGUUCAUUUUUGAUGUGUUUGAGUUUGCUGAGAAAUUCAUCUGUUUAGAAGUAGCAAGAGAUGUAGAGUUCUCUGCUCUUAAAAAUUCUGAUGCAGUUAAGAAAGACUGUCCGUCAACUGCUAGGGAGGACCUCCUUCGUCUACACAGAAAAUACAUUAGAGAAGCUGGGGGCAUCAUUGAGGAUAACAUUGACGUUGAAAUUUCUCCACUGCUGUCUUAUGGAGGAGAGAACUUAGAAGACCUAGUUGAAAAUGAGGUCUUCACCAUAUCACCAUUCCAUUUAAAAAGUAUUCAUGAAUCAACUACUAAUGGUGUGAACGGAAAUCAUUAA